UUAGAGGCGCAUUACACACCAGGCGCAACUUAUUUAUUAUGCCUUUUGUAUAAACCCUAGUAAUAGCUUAAACCCUGGUAAGAGCAUUGAGAUAAUGGCUGGAAAUGGAUCAAGGAUUCUCUCUCGAUUAUCAUCUACUCGGUCACCCUCUUUCUCUGUCAAACCGAGAACCAAAAAUUCGGUUAUGCCCACAAUUUCUCCAUUGAAAUCAAGCUCUCAGCCUCUGGUCUCCUCUUCAGUGAAGCGCAUUUCAAGAUUACCAGUGGAGUUGAGCUGUUUGAUGUCGAUGAUGCCAUUGCAUAGUGCAGUAGCUUCCGCUCGCUUGAGAUCAUUUCUUUCCAUCGAUUCUCAGAGCUGGGGUUUGGUGCCUCAAGGUAUCUCUAUGCCUUUAUGACACAAGUUUUUUUCUGGGUGUUUUUCAUCGAGCAGAUUUCAUGUUAAUCUGAUAGUGCACUUUCUUCUCGAAUUUCAUAAAGGUAAGGGGUUUUAUAUGUUGGUUUUUCAUUGCCUCUUAUCCAGAGUUGGAGAGAUGUAUUUUGUAAGAAAUAUUUGCUCAAGGAAAAAUCUGAGGUUAAAAAAAACGUUGAAUACCUGGAUAUCUCUUUGGAUUGAGCUGAAUCAAUUGACUUGAUAUAAUACAUCUCAAUAAUUUUAUUGGUUUCUUUGUGUAGUCCAAACCAUGCAAUUCGCUAUUA